GCGUUGACGGUGUUGCUGAUAUUUGUUUGGUUUCUGCGUGCGAAAAAGAAAGAAGGAAAUAUUUUUGCUUUUGUCAUCACGCACAUUUUGACAAUUACAUACGAGAGUUCACGUAGGUGCGAACAGCCUUCGAAAUCUCUUUCAACGCGAAUAAACCGAAUACCUAAAGCAGGCAGUGUUGUUGAAAUUCGUUCAUUAGUCAGCUGGGAGUUGCUUUGCUUUGUUACUCUGUGUACUGUGCUGUGUUUUGAACUGCAUUUAUCAAACUGCUGAUGUUUUUCAUUUUACAUCCACCCCGUUAGUAGGUAUGACCUAGAAGAUUGCAAAUCUGUUGUUAUCACUAGAAGGCGAUCGCAUUGUCGAUGGCUUGGAGCAUUUCAUCUCUCCUCGGGUGCGCAAAGUUUCGUUGAAAAUUAUUACCACGAAGUGAAAGUUUCGUUUUGAAUUUGAUCGAUCCUUUGGAUUAUUACGGUCCUGUUAAAUGGGUUAUGCAACUGGCAAUACCCACAGACCUUUGCUGCCACUGCAGGACGAGGAGGAAGACGAUAGCGAAGUGGCAUUUGUUGACGACAGCAAUUAUGCGGGAUCGAUCAAUGCUGGCGCGGAGGAAAAUAUUCCCACGACAAAGACGGUGGGAACAAAGAAUGCAGCAAGAAGCCGUAGAGCAGACGACGGCAGCCUCCGUAUUGCCCCCGUUGAUAAGUACAACUUCACCUACGCAGUAUUUUAUUUGCUCGGAAUGACGACGUUGCUGCCGUGGAAUUUUUUUGUCACUGCUGAAGAGUAUUGGCAAUAUAAAUUCCGUAACAUAUCAAGCAACGACACCAGCGUGCUAACGCCUCGCCAGUUAGAAUUCCAGUCGGAUCUCAGCAUAGCGGCCUCGGUACCGAGCACAUUAUUCUUGAUACUGAACGCUUGCUGCGGUCACCGGGUUCCGCUGCACGUGCGAAUGGCCGGUUCGCUGGUUAUGAUGUUUUUAAUUUUCAUCUGGACGACGACGUUAGUUCAAGUUGACACCGACCAGUGGCAGGACACAUUCUUUCUUAUCACAGUUUGCUCGGUCGUUGUCGUCAAUGCGUUUUCCGCCAUCAUGUCCGGCGCUCUGUUCGGAAUCGCCGGACAGUUCACGUCGGAUUACAUGACGGCCGUGGUUAGUGGUCAAUCGUUGGGAGGAAUCUUCACUGCCGCCGUAGAUGUUAUCGCGUUAUCAUUCGGAGCGCCUCCGACAACAACCGCCUUUGUGUUCUUCAUCAUCGGUACACUGGUACUGUUGCUUUCCCUUGUUCUGUACCUGAUUAUGGCGAAGACACUAUUUUUCAAAUAUUACACCUCGUCACGAACGCUGAUGAAGAGCUCACUAGACGUAGACGAGAUGUCCAGAGAGCUGCUUCCUCGGCAGAAUCCUACGUUCAUUGGAGUACUGAGGAAAAUUUGGCUGUUUGGAUUUGCCGAAUGGCUGGUUUUUGUUAUCACACUAUCGAUCUACCCGGCGGUGACGAUCUUGGUUGGAUCACAGAGUCAGUCCCAUCUAUGGUCGAAUGUGUAUUUCCUACCGGUCGUGAACUAUUUACUGUUUAAUACCGGCGAUUACAUUGGUAGGGUAUGUGCGGGUAUGAUCGAGUGGCCCUCUAACAGUCCGUUCCUGAUUAGCAUUCUGUCAAUCGCUCGAAUCGGAUUUGUACCGAUCAUGCUACUAUGCAACAUUAAACCGCACCACAACUUCCCCGUCCUAAUCCAUUCGGAUUACAUAUUCAUCGCGUUGAUGGCCGGAUUUGCGCUCUCUAACGGAUAUAUUACUAAUAUCGCGUUGAUCGGGGCGCCAAAGGCAGUUGAUCAAUCGGAGAAGGAGCUUGCAUCUUCGACAAUGGCCGCCUUUCUUGGUAUCGGUUUGGCAUGUGGAUCGACGAUUAGUUUUAUGAUCAUCGAGAUGAUCAAAUAGGAUCAUCAUGCACAGGUUACUUUUUCAAGCCCGACUUAGAGGCUAAUUCGUACACUGCUAGAUCUGCGAUAUUUACGCUAAGAAGAUAUAUAAAUAGGUAAUGGGUUAAUUGCCAAAAAAGCAAUUACUGUAAGGUAAGAUAAUCGCUUAUAUGUUGCGAGCUUAAUGCUAGACAUACCGAUAACAUAUUCAACUAGAAAAAUAUUUAAAAACGGAACAGAUUAUAUUGACCAUAAUUACAAGAAA